CGCCUAUUUACCUGAAGGACAUUCUCUACUGGGCAGCCUGGGCACUCAUCCAAGCAGAGCAGCCAACCAGAUACAGGGUUGAACAAGUCAGUGCACCAGUACAGGCAACCUCACAGACACAGAGGAAACAGAACCACAAGAAACUCUGAAGCUGGAGACAAGAGUCAUAGGCAGUAUAUUUCAACAGAGACUUCACUACAAAGGGUACCUUAACAGAGACAUCAGGCUCAACAGACUGCCAAAGAUCAAUUAAAGUGGUUUCUGAAGGAAAUAGUUCAUCUAGCAGCUGUUUCUCUAAGAAUCAUCAUCUGGUCAUCUUCAACACCGUCCUGACAUCUCUUACCUGUCAACAUGUCUAUGGGACUAGAGAUUCUAGGUGUGGCGCUUUCUAUCGUUGGCUGGCUAGGAACUGUGAUUAGCUGCGCUCUACCUAUGUGGAGGGUAACCGCAUUCAUUGGUAACAACAUUGUGGUGGCCCAGACCAUUUGGGAAGGACUAUGGAUGAACUGUGUGGUGCAGAGCACAGGGCAAAUGCAGUGCAAAAUGUACGACUCCCUCUUAGCUCUUCCUCAAGACCUCCAAGCAGCUCGCGCCCUGAUGGUGAUCUCCAUUGUCAUUGCUGUGCUGGGAGUUCUCAUAUCCAUCAUUGGUGCCAAGUGCACUAAUUGUGUCCAGGAUGAGUCAGCCAAGGCCAAAAUUAUGAUCGUUUCUGGAGUUAUCUUUAUCCUUUCUGGCCUUAUGACACUUAUCCCUGUGUCCUGGUCUGCAAACACUAUUAUCCGUGAUUUCUACAAUCCUUUGGUAGUGGAUGCACAAAAGAGAGAGCUUGGCUCCUCAAUGUACAUUGGAUGGGCAGCCUCUGCUCUUCUUAUGCUUGGGGGAGCAAUGCUCUGCUGUUCUUGCCCCCCAAAAGAGAAGUACCCUACUUCAAGGGUGGCUUAUUCAGCUGCCAGGUCAACAAAUCCUGGUUAUGACAGAAAAGACUAUGUCUGAAAUGGACAUUCUGGGUCCUUAUGAAGGACUGAAGGGACUGUCUUGUAUUGGACUUGUGACAAGCAAAAGGGAGCAAAAGGAAGAAGUUACCCCCUCCAUAAACUAACAUUUACAAUUAUUCCUCUAGGUACUGCAUUUGUUGAUAUUUGUUAUAUAUAUGCUAUAUAUUAUUUUAGAUGUAUUGCCCCUUUUGACUGCACAGUGUGCAUUUGUUGUGUUAGUGUUUGAAUGUGCACUGUAAAGAUAUUAAUGUUUUCCAUUGCCGUGGCAUUUGUAGAAUAUUCUUGAACAGGGAGGGGCAUUCGGUGGCAGAGAUGAGGUGGCUGUACUGCAUUAACCGUUUCCAUAAAUGCAGCUUACUUUCUUUUGUCUAAAUACAAAGCAUUACACUGCUCUAUCCAUUGAUAUUUCAUUAUCCAUGGAAACCUCCCAUUAGAUACUGAUGCAAUACCAUUCCCAAAUUAGGCAAUAUUAUUGAUUACUGCAAGAUGAUAUAUUUAAUUAUUCUCAUGGAUGAAUUUUGCAUUUGGACCUGUUUUGUUGCUAGUAGAAUCUGAUGGUCUAUACUUUGUUUCCAACAAUAGAGAUAAUGCAUCAGUUUUACAGUAAACCAACUGUCUGCCUUCUGUUUCAUGUCUGUUUGUUCUUUGUUUUGCUCCUCCUCCUGUCCCCUUUCUUACUGUAGGUUACAUGUCAGGUUGGAAUUUGACCCAUUUCCUCUCUAUUGGCUCCUAGUUUUCCCUGCAGAUUGUAUAGUAAGGCAGUGUUACCUUCUCAUUAUCUCAGAUUUGAAACACAACCCAUCCCUUGUCUAGCUUUGUGUAAAUAUUCCUGCAGAGUGGGGUCAAACUACCUGUUUUUUAGGAGUUACUUUAAGCUUGAGCGUGGCAUAUUAACAGUAUUCUUGUUAAUGGAUAACAGCCCAGAUAUAGCACUUCUCACUAGCAGUACCUAUGGUGUUAGAUAUGGCACUGGAAUGUUAACUCUGCCCCUUAUACGCAAGAAUACACUUCAUCAAAAAUAAGUUCUAAACCUUACUAUCUACCCUUAUUUUUAAUGUUUAUUUUAAUUACCAUGUCCCUGGAUAUAAUUUCAGUAUCUCAGUCAAUGAGGUCUUUCUAAUGAGCAUCAAGCAGUAAAAAACUCUAAUUAAACAGUCACUUAUUUCACACAAGUGGGACACUCACAAGACCUGUUCUUAGUCCCAUGGCCUCUAACUAGGCUGUCCUAGCUAAGGAACAUGAAACAGAUGGAGUGUUGCAAGCUACCUACGCCAGAGAUACAAUUUUAUUUAACUUCUUUUGUAUUUUAUCAAUGGAGGCACAUUCACUGUACAGAAAUAUGCAUAUAAAUAUAUAGAUAGGCAGUUAAAUGUUUAUAUAUACUCUACACACACAUGUAUAAAUGUAUAGGUCCACACCUUUUUGUUAUCCCAGUGAAAUUCUGUUUCAUAUUUUAACUUCAACAACUAAUCAACACAUCACAAAAGCAUUUUGCAGUUUGGAUGAAAAUUUCAACAGCAUGUUUUUACUCUGCACCAAAAUUUGUGUGAUUUGUAUUCCUUCCAUUGCUACCACUGUUUUAUAUUAACCUUUUGUUUUUCUUUAAUAUUGUGUAUCAGUUAGUAAGCAGGUAGAUAUGAAAUGUACAUGUUUUCUGUCCCAUCAUCUAGGAGCACAUUGUAUUUACGCCAGUGAUGGUGCAUUGCAUUGUACAUUGUACAUCAAGUUUAUCAUUAUUAUGUAUAUAUUAAAACACCUUUUGACUGAAAAUAUAUUAAACACUUCCUAUAAAUCA